GACUCGACUCUCGAGAAAAUGGCAAGAACCAAGCAGACGGCUCGUAAAUCCACCGGCGGCAAAGCCCCGAGGAAGCAGCUCGCUACUAAAGCCGCCCGUAAGAGCGCUCCGGCCACCGGCGGCGUCAAGAAGCCUCACCGCUACAGGCCCGGCACCGUGGCUCUGCGAGAGAUCCGUCGCUAUCAGAAGUCCACCGAGCUGCUGAUCCGCAAGCUGCCCUUCCAGCGUCUGGUGCGAGAAAUCGCUCAGGACUUCAAGACGGACCUGCGCUUCCAGAGCUCCGCUGUCAUGGCCCUGCAGGAGGCCAGCGAGGCUUAUUUGGUCGGUCUGUUUGAGGACACCAACCUGUGCGCCAUCCACGCCAAGAGAGUCACCAUCAUGCCCAAAGACAUCCAGCUGGCGCGCCGCAUCCGCGGAGAGCGCGCUUAAACUCAACGCUCCUCCUAAACCCAAAGGCUCUUUUCAGAGCCAC